AUGCUGCAAGUGGAAAUGAUCAUCGUGGUGUGCCUGGUGCUGCUGAUGUGUGUGUUCAGCCAGGAGCCCAGCUCCAAAGUGGUGGCGGACCGCUACGCCGUCUUCUGGAACCGGACCAACACCAAGUUCCAUCGUGGGGACUACCACAUUGACGUCUGCAUAAACGACUACCUGGAUGUCUACUGUCCUCACUACGAAGACACGGUGCCGGAGGAGCGGACGGAGCGCUACGUCCUCUACAUGGUCAACUAUGACGGCUACAGCACAUGUGAUCACACCGCCAAGGGCUUCAAGCGCUGGGAGUGCAACAGGCCGCACUCCCCGAACGGGCCGCUGAAGUUUUCGGAGAAGUUCCAGCUCUUCACUCCCUUCUCCCUGGGCUUCGAGUUCAGACCGGGCAGAGAAUACUACUACAUCUCCUCCACCAUCGCUGAGAACGGGAGGAAAACCUGCCUGAAGCUGAAAGUUUUCGUCCGACCAUCAAACAGCUGUGUGAAAACUAUAGGCGUACAUGACCGUGUUUUUGAUGUAAACGACAAAGUAGACAAUACAUUAGAACCACGAGACGAUACCAGUCACGAACCAGCCGAGCCUUCCCGAAGGGAAACAAACGCUGCGCCGCACCUGCACAACACAAGUCCACUCCUGGCUUUGUUGCUGCUCUGCCUAGCAGCACUCUUCACUUUAUAG